AAGCAUAAUAGCAGUGUUGUGUGUCACUCACUCAAAUUCCAACCCCUGCGUUUCGAUGAGGAUGGAAUCUGCGUUUACGGCUUCAAACUGGAACCGUUGUUUGAUUCAUCCACCACUUCGUAACAGUAAGACACGCUUUGCUACGACUCAGCCCACCGUAAUACGGUGCUCCAUCAAGUCCUAUCGCUUAUCCAACCUCACGCCCUCUCAGCUUCAGAGCCUCAAAACUCGUCCCCGCAUUGAUUUUUCUUCCAUUUUCAACGUGGUCAACCCCAUUGUUGAUGAUGUUCAUAAAAGAGGGGAUGCUGCAGUUAAAGAUUAUACUUCGAAGUUUGACAAAGUUGAGCUGGAUAAGGUAGUUGAGGUUGUCUCUGAGCUCCCUGACCCUGUGCUUGAUCCUCCUGUUGAGGAAGCUUUUGAUGUCGCCUACAGCAAUAUUUAUGCAUUUCAUGCUGCUCAAAAGUCACCUGAGAAAAAUGUUGAGAACAUGAAAGGAGUCCAAUGCAAGAGAGUUGCGAGAAGUAUUAACUCAGUGGGUCUUUAUGUUCCAGGGGGAACUGCUGUGUUACCUUCAACAGCUUUGAUGCUUUCAGUUCCAGCACAAAUUGCAGGAUGUAAAACUAUUGUUCUUGCAAACCCUCCAACUCAGGAUGGCACUACAUGCAAGGAGGUACUGUAUUGUGCAAAGAAGGCUGGGGUGACUCACAUUCUCAAAGCUGGAGGAGCACAGGCCAUAUCUGCUAUGGCUUGGGGAACAGAAUCUUGUCCAAAGGUUGAAAAGAUUUUUGGCCCUGGAAACCAAUAUGUCACAGCUGCAAAAAUGAUACUUCAAAACAGUGAAGCCAUGGUUUCAAUUGACAUGCCAGCCGGCCCAUCGGAAGUUUUGGUCAUUGCAGACGAGCAUGCUAUUCCCUCUCAUGUAGCUGCCGAUUUGCUUUCCCAGGCUGAGCAUGGCCCAGAUAGUCAGGUUGUUCUUGUGAUUUCUGGAGAUGGUGUGGAUCUAAAUGCUAUACAGGAGGAGCUCAGCAAGCAGUGCCAGAGUCUUCCAAGAGGCGAGUUUGCCUCUAAAGCACUGAACCACAGUUUUAUUGUGUAUGCACGUGAUAUGCUUGAGGCUAUCACUUUCUCAAACUUAUAUGCUCCCGAGCAUCUAAUAAUCAAUGUGAAGGAUGCAGAGAAGUGGGAGAGUUUUAUUGAAAAUGCAGGUUCUGUGUUCUUAGGGCCAUGGACACCUGAAAGUGUUGGUGAUUAUGCAAGUGGGACAAACCAUGUCCUUCCUACUUAUGGAUAUGCAAGAAUGUAUGGUGGUGUGUCAUUGGACUCUUUCCUCAAGUACAUAACUGUGCAAUCUCUCACAGAGGAGGGUCUAAGAAAACUUGGGCCAUAUGUAGCAACAAUGGCUGGAGUUGAAGGGCUUGAAGCCCACAAGAGAGCAGUUACCUUGAGACUCCAAGACAUAGAAGCCAAGCAGGUUUCAAGAUGAGAUGAUGUGCAUCAACCCAUUUUUCUCUUUACUCUUGCAAGCUACUUGCUCUUAGUUUAUGUACCACAAAAACUAAAUAUUUAAAAGUACUUUUUAUAUUUAAGGUAUAUUUUUGAGAUGCAUAUAAAUAAAUAAAUAUAAUGAUAGUAUUAUAU